CAUUCACCCACAGACCGAGGAGCGGAAAGAGAAGAGAGAAGAGCAGAGAGAUUGAGAGAAAGAGAGAUAGACGGAGAUCUCUGGAGCAGACCUCAAGGUGACUUCCAUUUCUAUCUGGUUCACAGCUGGGGGGGCCCUGGCCGGGCAGCCCCCCCACAUUCCUCCUGCCCUGAAACACGGCUCUAGCCAACCUGCUCCGCUGUUUUACCUGCGACCGCCUGUGUGGGGGCUGCACAGCGCCAGCCCCUCCAGCCCGCCAGGGCAUCGUCCUCCAGCCCGUGAUGCCCAGCUGUGACCCUGGCCCGGGCCCUGCCUGCCUCCCCACCAAGACAUUCCGUAGCUACCUGCCCCGCUGCCACCGCACUUACAGCUGCGUCCACUGCCGCGCACACCUGGCCAAACAUGAUGAGCUUAUUUCUAAGUCCUUCCAAGGGAGCCAUGGACGAGCCUACCUGUUUAAUUCCGUGGUCAACGUGGGCUGUGGGCCAGCUGAACAGCGCCUCCUGCUCACGGGGCUCCACUCGGUAGCCGAUAUUUUCUGCGAAAGCUGCAAAACCACACUGGGCUGGAAAUAUGAACAGGCCUUUGAGACAAGUCAGAAGUACAAGGAGGGGAAAUACAUCAUUGAAAUGUCACACAUGGUGAAGGACAACGGCUGGGACUGAGGGGCAGGCAGGCUGUGCCCUUCCUCCGCAUGCCCCACCCUCCCACACCUGUCCCCUGGCCCUGCCAAGCAGUCCAUACCAGCAUGAGUACUGGCCCACCCCUGGGGAGGACCCAGCUCCCACCAACCCCUCCCGCCUCCACCUCAUUACUCCCAGGCCUCUUUAGAACAGGGGCCUGGGGUACCCCAGGGGUGCUCAAGGCUCAGGAGUGGGCAGCAGUCAGGGGGAAACAGAACUGGGGGAAAAGGAUGGUUGUGGGCCCUCCUAGCCCCAAGGUCCGGUGAAUUGAGAUGGCAGGGCGCGCGCUCAGGCAGAGGACCGUGGGAGGAAUCAGGUUUGGCUCCACCUUUUUGAGCGAACACAGGACAAACCUGGAGUCAUGGGGCUGGCUGGUAGAUCCUAGGCCGCAGAAUAGCAGAUAAGGCUUGAGUUGGAGUGAAUUUCUGGCCUCAGACACUGGGGGACACCAGUCUCCGAGGGUGAAGUAUCCCACCCCAUUUGCAGGAGAAAGGACUCGGUGGGGGUAGAGGGGGAAAUCCCAGGCCCAGGCCCUGGGAAAUAAGGGAAUUGCAGGGGUUUCCAUUUCACUCCACUUGUUUAUCUUGGCACUAAAGAGGCACUUUCGAGUAUCUAACCUUUGCCGUUGGGUGGGGUGGGGAAAGCUGCCCCUGGAACAGCCUCCGCCCCCAGCUGGCUGUUUCCGGAGCGAGCAGUCUUCAUGGGCAUUCCCAGAGGCCCAGCCACUGCUCCUGGGACCUGGUCCCUUGGAGGGGAGGUAGGAAAUCAGUGCUACGGGGCCAGGCUUCCUCGUGGCUGCCACCAGCGAACGAAACUUUUGUAUGAUACAUAGUGUUUGGGUCUAUUUUUAAUAAAAAGGGGAAAAGCAGCUGUGAGGCACUGUCCCCUGACUUUUCCUUC